UAAAUAACGAUAUUCGGCCUUUUGUAAAAUGGAGGUUAAACACGUGGGCAAGAUGGAAGUUACUAAGAAAUCCUCGAAAGUACGAUUUAGUAAAAAUAAGAAGAAAGGCUGGAAGAAGCAUUGCAAUAUCGAUGAUGUCGACGAAUUCUUGGAAGAUAAACGAUUAGAAGAAAGAUCUGGUGGUCCUGUAUCAGAAAAACCAAAUAAUGAAAUAUUUUUCAUUGAUAAGGAUAAAGAAUUUAAAGUUAAAAUACCCAACAAGAAAAAGGAUAUUUUAGAUGAUUUAAAAUGCUUUUCUGCCUUAAAAAAUCCAUCUAAAGUUCUUCCACCAAUUCACGUUAAUGUUAUUCAGCCAUCGUCUAAGAAGAGAAACAAAAUAUCCAAAAAUAAAAAUAGACUGUUAAAGAAACAAAGCAAACAAGCUAAAGUUUUACACUCUGAAAUUAAAAAAGAAAAUGACGACGUGUAUGAUAUAUGGAGUAGCAAAGAGAAUAAUUCAUCUGUUGAGAAAGAACUCGAUAAAGAUUUAAUUUAUUAUAUAAAUGAAACAACUAAGAAGCGACCACCAAAGGUUCCGAAUCAUAGAUAUCAAAAGCCGUCCCUGCUUCCGGCCGUCGAGGUUCCUCCUCCCGGUACAUCUUACAAUCCAGAAUAUAUUGAUCAUAUAAAAUUACUUUCGGAAGUUGUAAAAAAUGAAUUAGAAUAUGAAAAAGAUCAUAGAAAAAUAGAAAAAGCAUUAACAGAAAAAUUUCCAACUAUAGAUGAAGCUCCUACUGAAAAAACUUGGCUUGAAGAAAUGUCUCAAGGUUUGAAAACAGAAAAUACCGGAGACGACGACGAAGAGAAUGACGAAGUGGGUGCAAUUUCGUGUAAUCCGCCAGUUCGUUUUGAUGAUAAAAAGUCCAAACAAAAGAGAAGGAGAGAGAAAGAAAUGAAAGAAAAGUUAAAAGAAAAGAAAAAAAGAAAAUUAGAAAAUAAAAGAAUAAAUGAAAUAUAUAGGCUUAGAAGCAUUAAAAAAGAUAUAUUCAAUUUAGAAAAGAAAGUCGAAGACAAACAAAUGAAAAAAGACGAAAGACUGAUUAAAAGAAUGUAUCGGCCGCACACCUUAAGUAAAUAUAAAUACGAAGCGCCGGAUCUCGAAUUUAAUCUCGGUGAAGAGUUGACGGGAGAGCUGAGGACAAUAAAAACCCUUUGGUGGACUAAAGACUGCAUGCCAACAUCAAACAUAGACAGUAGAGAUAGGUAGGAUCCCUCUGAACCCUCUCCCCUGCUGGCUAAACACUUUGUGUCCGACUGAUGUCUUCAAUAUUACAGAAGCAUUAUUUUCCUAAUAUUGGAUUGUGACUUAAUUUAAAAAAACUUGUCAUUUAUGAUUAACUUGGCUAUUUUGUUUACUGAGGAUCAAUUACUUAAUG